CGGGGAGCGCGUCCAAGCCUAGCGACUGCGCGUGCUUAAAGCGCUCAGAGCAGAGACCCAGCGAGCGGCCUGAGCAACUCCAGCCCGUGACACCACCUGGACCACGCGCCACUACAGCUUUCUCGGCAUGGAGGGCGAAUGCCGGGUGCUCUCCAUCCAGAGCCAUGUUGUCCGCGGCUACGUGGGUAACAGAGCGGCCAUGUUCCCUCUGCAGGUUUUGGGACUUGAGGUUGACGCCGUGAACUCUGUGCAGUUUUCAAACCACACAGGCUAUGCCCAUUGGAAGGGCCAGGUGCUGAAGUCCCAGGAACUGCAUGAGCUGUACGAGGGUCUCAAAGUGAACAAUGUCAAUAAGUAUGACUACGUGCUCACUGGUUACACGAGAGACAAGUCUUUCCUGGCCAUGGUGGUGGACAUUGUGCAGGAGCUGAAGAAACAGAACUCUCGACUCGUGUAUGUGUGUGACCCUGUGAUGGGCGACAAGUGGAACGGGGAAGGCUCCAUGUAUGUUCCCCAGGACCUCCUUCCUGUGUACAGGGACAAAGUGGUACCCGUGGCUGACAUCAUCACUCCCAACCAGUUUGAGGCUGAGUUGCUGAGUGGCAGAAAAAUCCACAGCCAGGAAGAAGCCUUCGAGGUGAUGGACUUGCUGCACUGUAUGGGUCCCGACACUGUGGUCAUCACCAGCUCUGACCUGCCCUCCCCUCAGGGCAGCGACUACCUGAUCGCGUUGGGCAGCCAGAGGAUUCGGAAGCCUGACGGCUCCACGGUGACCCAGCGCAUCCGGAUGGAGAUGCGCAAGGUGGAAGCUGUCUUUGUGGGCACUGGAGACCUCUUUGCUGCCAUGCUUCUGGCGUGGACACACAAGCACCCAGACAAUCUCAAGGUGGCCUGUGAGAAAACAGUGUCUGCCAUGCAGCACGUCCUACAGAGGACCAUCCGGUGUGCGAAAGCUGAAGCAGGAGAAGGACAGAAGCCCAGCCCGGCUCAGCUGGAGCUGAGGAUGGUCCAGAGCAAAAGGGACAUCGAGGACCCAGAGAUCGUUGUGCAGGCCACAGUGCUGUGAGGACCACGCACACUCACCCCGACACACAGAGAGCUGAGGUGUCUGUCUCCAUCCCUGUGAAAAGCUGUAACGUCUGCCUUAGAGCCAUGACUGAAACUCGACAUCGUGUUUCUACCUGAGAGUUGGGUCUCAGCCAGUCUCUAGCGUGAAAAUGUGCCAUUGUGCUAUUUUUUUAAAAAAUGACAAAGCCGUCGUAGAAAUAUGUGAUUCAGAACCAUGGUCCCUUCCCCAAAGGCCCUGGGCCUCUGACUGCCUCAUGUUGACUCAUAGGUAUGUGGAAGGAAGGUGGAGGAGGCCAGCUUGCUGCCUCUGGACCUUUCUGUUGGUCACUGGCUGUCAUUGCCCCCUGUGUAUACACAGUCCUGAUCAUGUAUAGACUGCCUGUGUCGGCACUGUCUUUAAAAUCGGGUUAGGUCUUAACUGUUGGCAUUGGAAGAAUUCUGCCAAAUAUCUUCAUUGCCAUUCUGGUCUUUCCCUUGUUCCUGCAUUAGAGUUUCUGUGUCUCUGCUGCUCUUUGGGUGGGUGUCCCAGGAUGUCAGACAUAUGCAGCUGCUGGUCUGCGUGGGAAGGUUUCAGAUCCCCGUGCUUGGGUAGGCGCACAAGCAUGUGGUCACUGUGACAGGGACCUUUUAAGGAACCUGAACAUUCCAGGAGAUCUGCAAGCCGCCUGGAUGUCUGCAGGGUCUCCUGUAACUUGGAGCAAAUUCUAGGAAGUUGACCAACAUAGGAUUGAGCUGCUGAGCGCAGGGCAGCUCGGGAGUUCAGGAAAGUUUGCCUCACUGGGCUCUUGUGGGCACUCACCCAGCCCCCGCAGGACUGUCAGGUGGCAGUGCACCUGCCACAUGCUGCUGGGGACAGUGCAUUGCUGCACAGGGGUUUGGACAGACAGGGAAGGAGAGACAGAGGUGGCUCCUGCCCCCUGGUGGCAGACUUAAGUGCGGGUUCUCUCCCCUCCCCUCACCCUCAUUUCUGGAUUCUGUGCCCACCUCAUGUGAAGCCAGCUAGCUCUCUGCCUCCUCGGAAGGUCUUCUCUACAGAGCGUAUUGGCAUUAUGUAUGCAGGGACAGCUCUUAGACCCCAGUGGGAGACUGUGACAUGUGAAUUUCCUGGCUCUGCUUCCCAGAGUUUAGGGUCCCUAGUCAUGGCUGUGAGUUUGGACUUUCCAUUCAUGACAUUAUGAUCUCUCUACCGCACCUGUAUCCCUUUUCCGCAGUCAGGAGACCUGGGAGGCUGGAAGAGGUGGAGAGUGCAUUAUGCCUCCCUCUUCCCCCAGAAGCACAGGGUCUCCAUGGAACGCUGAGGGCCAUACCCUUUCACCAUUAAAAUGCCCCAGAUGGAGGAGAUGCUGGUCCACAUGGACCUGAACCAGCCCAUAUUCUGAGGUACCUAUUGAUAAGCCUUUUACAGCUUUGAAGGAAACAGAGAACUGGACUCCCUCUCUCUCUCUCUCUCUCUCUCUCUCUCUCUCUCUCUCUCUCACACACACACACACACACACACACACACACACACACACAAUGUAAUUUUAAAAAGUUCUUUGGCCAUCAGUACCCCAGGACAAGAUUAGCAAGCUCUCUGGUAAGACCACAAAGCCUGACAUGUGUCCAAGCCUGGUCCCAAUGUUGCACCUCUGAGCCCCAAGAAAAAGGAAAGCGAAGGCAGCAUCUUAUGAGGACCAGCCUCCCUCCCCCAAGGCUUAACACAGGAAAUCCCAUCACUGCCUCUUAGAUAGCAGAGAACACCACUGCCAGUCACUGGGGAAACUUCCUUUUUCUUUGCAAGUGUUGAAACUGAACUGGAGAGGUGACCCUACUGGCAAAAUACGUGCUACCAGAACACGAGGACGUGAGUUCCAUCCCCACCACCUAACUGUGGCCGUACAGGGUGGUAGGUAGAGACAGGAGCGUCCCUGGGCCUCACCUGCCAGCCAGUGUAUUCAUAUUUAUAAUCUCCAGGUUCAAUGAUGAGAGACCCAGUUCUAAAACAUAAAGUGGAGAGCAAUUUAAAAAAAAAAAAAAAAAAAAAAGAACUG